ACAGGGGAUGUGCCAGGAGAAUGUCUGAUCAGUGCAACACCAAAAAAUUUCAUUUAUUUAACCUGAAAUUCGGUGACCAGGACUUGAUGCGACGCCGUCGAAGACCUCUUCACAGUGUUUCACACGUCAAGCGAAAAGAAACGCUGGCCAAGCCCUUCGUGGAAGAAUCGGAAGCCUUUUCACAAGCCUCUGUAGAAAGCAGGAGUGGGGGGCAUCCCUACCACAUACGUUGGAGGUGCACCAUGGGAUUCUGGCGGCAGCUGCGUGUGAUCCUCUGGAAGAACAUUGUCGUGUACUCGUUCAAGCGCCACUAUGUGCUCACUUUCUUCACCAUGGCGGUACCGCUGAUGCUCUCAGGAGUACUGUUGUACCUCCGCAGUCUGGGGUUCAGUGGCGGCACCGAGCCGAUUGUGCGGAUGAACGCCACCGUCUACGAAGAGUUCGCUCCGAGUUUUUCGUACUCACUGCUGGGCCCGUAUCCCUACGCGCCCAACACGACAUACGGCAACAAUCUCAUGAAAGCCGUCUUCAAAAGCGAUGUCAUAGGGUUCCCUACCGAGGAAGAGCUUGAGGCAUUCAUUGCACGUUAUGCCUUUGAGUCACCCGACGGAACGUCGGUGGCCGUCAUCUUGCACGGCCUUCCGCCAGAUGGAUCACCACCGGUGAACCUCAGUUACACGCUGCGCUUCAACACGUCCCACUUCAACUUCAAGACGGGAGAACGGUUUCCCACAUUCAGGAUUCCGGGUCCGCGAGACGAAGAUCACCUCUACUCCUGGAUCCGUAACUCACAGCUAAUGGACCGUAAUUACAAAAAUUUACUUCAGCAAAGACCAGGACAAAGUCAAGAAGCACUGAUGUGGGGACUGCAGGACAGGAUGUUCACGGAACACGUUAAACUGUUAAAAAGUGCGAAAGGACUUGCACGCCAGAAGCCAAAGAUUGCCAUGCACAGGUUUCCCUAUCCAGAGUACAACGACGACAACAAGUUCGACCUCAUCUCUCGACUCAUCGCCAUGUUUGUGGUGUACAGCUACCUCGUCUUCUCGCCCAUCUAUGUUCGGAGGGUCAUAUCCGAGAAGUCGUCCAGAGUCAGGGAGCUGAUGCGCAUGAUGGGCCUCACCGACUGGGUCUACUGGAUCGGCACUUUUGCCAGCGGCUGGAUGGUGCUGGCUGUCACACUAACGAUAAGCCUGAUCCUCUUCAAAAUUCCCGUUGCGCCGCUGGCGGCGGUUCUCCUGUACAGCGACUUCAGCCUCCUCCUCUUCAUCUGUCUCAUUUACGCGACAUCGGCCAUCCUGUUCCUCCUCAUUUUUACGGUCAUCUUCAACAGCGCUGUGGUUGGUGUCAUCUUCUCUACCGUGGGCUGGGUCAUCAGCUACAGCCUGCCCACGUCCAUCUUGGAUCCGCUCGGCUCGGAUCGCUACAUGAGCAUCAGCCGUAGCGCAAAACUGUCCACAUCUCUGCUGCCGAACAGUGGCCUCUAUUGGGCGUUUCGCCUCAUCUCUUUUCUCGAAGGCCAAGGGAUUGGGGCAAAGUGGAGCAACCUGGGAAUGGAGGCCGUGCCUGCGGACAACGUGACACUUGGCCAAAUUGUACUCAUUAUGCUCACGUCGAUACUGAUCUAUGCGCUCCUCUUGUGGUACCUCGACAACGUGUGGCCCUUCCAGUACGGCAUUCCAAAACACCCGUUCUUCUUCCUACAGAAAUCGUACUGGUACACGGAACUGGACCAUGACAGCGAGAUGGAACGAGUCACUGGCGAUACAGGCAACACCGAUGAAAAUGUGUUCGAGCCACCGCCACCGGAUGCGCACACCACCAUCGCUCUCUCCCAUGUGACCAAGAAAUUCCGAGGCACCCUCAAGAAGGCUGUCGAUAACCUAUCUCUGGAAAUUUUCGAUGGCCAGCUCACCGUACUACUAGGCCACAAUGGCGCCGGCAAAACGACUACCAUGAAUAUGAUCACAGGACUGUUCCCGCCCACCCGUGGUGAGGUGCACAUCAACGGCUACAACAUCCGGACGCAGACCAAGAAGGCGCGAGAGAGCUUUGGCCUCUGUCCGCAGCACAAUGUCCUGUUCGACGAGCUGACAGUCGAGGAGCACCUCUACUUCUUCUACAGUCUCAAGGAUAGCCCCGACAUGAGCUGGAAGUCGCACGUCAACGAUGUCCUCGUAAGCGUCGACCUGGGUGAGAAACGUUCAUCGCUGGCCAAGGACCUCUCUGGGGGCAUGAAGCGCAAGCUCUCGCUCGGCAACGCCAUGAUUGGAGGCUCCAAGAUCCUGAUCUUGGAUGAACCGACGGCGGGCAUGGACCCGCAGGCCCGUCGAGCGGUCUGGACGCUGCUGCAGAACCUUCGCCGAAGCAAGACGAUCCUUCUGACCACUCACUACAUGGAGGAGGCUGACGCUCUUGGCGACCGCAUCGCGUUCGUGGCCCACGGGAAACUGCAGUGCUGUGGCUCGCCGUUGUUUCUCAAGAAGCGAUAUGGAACUGGCUACCGCAUGAGGAUUGCGAAGGGAAGCAACUGCAGCCUCAACGUCGUGACUGAAAAGGUCACAUCAGCUAUACCAGCAGCCCAGCUCACCUCAGACAUUGGCCACGAGGCAAUGUUCAAUCUCGGCUUUCCGCCGGCCUCGGACGUCAUUCCACUCCUAAAGAACCUCGAACAGAGCAAGGAGAGCCUUGGCAUUGCGAGCCUCGGGAUCUCGGUCACAACUAUGGAGGAUGUAUUCAUCAGAGUCGGUGAGUUGGCGGACACCAGCGUCGAGAUUAGCAGCGCGUCAUCCAGCUCUCACAACGGCACGGACCGCAUUGGUGGACUGGUGGAAGUGCUUUGGAAGAAGGUUGACGAGUGCCAGUACGUUUGCGUUGCAGACGAUGAGUACCCGACGUUCCAGCGCACGAGUGGCUUGCCGCUGCUGGCGCAGCAGGCCACAGCGUUGUUCCUGAAGCGGUGGCACACCACCAAGCGCCAGUACUUCCUCCCCAUCCUCGCCAUCGUCAUCCCUGUCGUCCUCUUCUUCUUCUACACUGCGCUCGACAUCGAGGGAGCGGAGGAGUCGACCAUCAGGAAACUGGUGUACGAUGUCGGCAGCUAUGCUGGCCCGACCAAUGGCUUCUUCAGCAACGGAACAUCAGAGCUGGGCAGCAUGGACUUUGUUGAUGCGAUGACCGGGCAAAAUGUGAAGGUCACGAAGGAUGUGGACGAUCCGGAUGACUUCUUACUUGUGGUGGCUCGACGCAGCCUCGCGGAAUACAACGGAAAGUACCUCGUAGGCGGUCAGACUGAUGGCGACGCAAAAGCUGUGGCCUGGUACAAUGGUGAGCCGUACCACAUUGGCUCCAUGUCUCUCAACUUGGCGCACACGGCAGCGCUGAGGUACAUCACCAGUGACGCCACUGCCAAGGUGUCCGUCACCAACUGGCCGCUCCCCGGAGAGCUGUCUGAACAGAUAGGUGCCGCAUCGUAUGACCAGGCAGCUCGCAUCCUGGCCGCCGUCUUCGUGCCCACCGCUCUAGCCUUCCUGUCCUCGUCGUUCGUCCUCUUCCCGACCCACGAGCGUGUCACCAAGUCCAAGCUGCUGCAGCUCAUGGCCGGUGUGCCUGGUGUCCUCUUUUGGGGCAUCACGUUCCUCUGGGACUUUGUGGUCUUCGCUGUCUGCAGCACGGCUGUCAUGAUCCCACUCCUGGCGAUCAACCCCAAUGGUGUUUUCACAUCCAGCCCCAGUGUACCAGCGGCAACAUACUUCCUAUUUCUCCUGUACGGCUGGGCAGCCAUCCCAUUUAGCUACCUCUUUUCGUACGUCAAGGACAAGCCGUCCUCCGGAUAUUCUCUCCUGACCACCAUCAAUGUCAUCACAGGUGUGAUGCUCAGCAUCGUGAUGGCCGUCGUGUCAUUCCUCGCGAAGUUCCCCAUGUUUGGAAUCAACGAAGACGCGGUGCAAAAGUCCAUGUGGUUUCUACGGGUGGUGCCUGGCUUUGCCGUCACCUGGGGCUUCUCCAACAUCCACGAGAUUGGAGGGGAUCCGGUCAAGUGCGCCAAGCUGACGCCUACCCUGCUGAAGAGCUACUGUCCCGUGUCCGAGCUUAUGGGCAUCGAGGUCUGCUGCCAAGAUUGUGGCAAUGGUACGUACUGCUACAUUCCUCACUCGCCGUUUGGCAUGGAUCGCUGGGGAAGCGGACGAGAAAUGUUAUACCUCUUCUUGGUUGGCAUCGUUCUGUUCCUCCUGCUGGCUUUCUUCGAGACCAAUGUCUACGGCAUCUGGUACUGGAUCAGGUCUCUUCCUUGCAGGACGUGCCAUGAAGAUAUCGAGCUGGGCGUCCACACACCGGGUGCGACAGAGGAUGACGAUGUGGCGGCCGAGCGCGCUGUAGUUGAAGCGUUGGUCCAGAGAGGCAGUGCGGCACAAGAAGCGCUGGCUGUGCUCAACCUGAGGAAGAACUUUCGAUCUCUUCAGGCUGUGGACAACCUGACCUUUGCCGUGCACAAGAAUGAAUGCUUCGGUCUGCUGGGUGUCAACGGCGCGGGCAAGACAACGACCUUCAGGAUGCUGACCGGUGACCUCCCCAUGAGCUCGGGCAAUGCGUACCUCGGCGAAGCUAGCCUUCAGAAAGAUCUUAAGGAGUUUCAGUCGAAGAUUGGCUACUGCCCACAGUUUGAUGCCCAAAUAGACAAACUGACAGGACGAGAGACACUGGAGCUGUUCGCUCUCAUCCGAGGCGUCCCCACACACCGUGUUCCGUCGGUCGUCAACUACAUGAUCAACCUGGCAGACCUGCAGGCCCAUGCCAACAAGCCUACAGAGGCUUACAGUGGUGGGAGUCGGCGUAAGUUGUCUAUUGCCAUGGCGCUGAUCGGCAACCCUCCAGUGGUGUUCCUGGACGAACCCACCGCGGGCGUGGACCCAGCAGCACGGCGCAAGAUCUGGCAGGGACUGGACGAUGUGCAGAAGCUUAUGGGGGCCGCUGUCAUCCUUACCAGUCACAGCAUGGAGGAGUGCGAGGCCCUUUGCCAGAGGAUAUCCAUCAUGGUCAAUGGGUCCUUCCGGUGCCUCGGAUCGAUACAGCACCUCAAAUCAAAGUUUGGUGACGGCUUCACGGUCAUCGUCAAGAUGGGACAAGAGCAGGCAGCCAGCCCUAAUGCGGUGCCGGCCAUCUGCACUGCCAUGCUGGCAAAGUUUCCUGGCAACUGUGUGCUCAGGGACAGUCAUCAGGCUUUGCUCCACUUCCACGUCACCGACACUAGCUUGAGGUGGAGCCAAUUGUUCGAGACCCUGGAGGCUCUGAAGCAGGAGCUUUCCUUCGAAGAUUACAUCGUUAGCGACACGACGCUCGAGCAGAUCUUCCUGGCGUUUGCAAGGUCGCAGCGAGACGCAACAACUGAGGCGCCCGUCAGCUGCUGGCGAAAGUGCUGUCCUUUCUAGUUCUCGCUUCGUGAGCCGCUCGCCUGUUAAACAGCGCUGCCAGUGUCGCCUGCAUUCUCACCGCAAUUUGGCAGGCAUAGAAGGUAGCACCAAUCUACCUCAGAUGCCUCGGAAACUAAAGCUCCAGAGCCUGGGUCAAGACUUCCGAAUGUUUCAAACUCGCUGUAACCUCAGUAUAAAAAGAAACAUGUGUGAGAGUGCCAGGCAGUUACAAUGAAAUUUGAUGUACGAGAUUUAUAUUUCUGCAAGAGCAUAGCAUGUAAGAGCCUAGUUACAUCCAACGUGCUGGGCAUGUGCACUUUUUGUGUACAUAUGUGCAGGUGCUUGAAUCAAGUUGGCUGGUGCGUCAUUUCACAUUUCGAUUGCUUGUUUUUCAUUUGAAGCGCGUCGGCUGUUUUGAAGUUGAACGAAACAACUUCAAAUAAGAAAAAUAAAUUGACAGAUAUCCGCAUGUUCGCCAGAACCACUGCAGUGAUAUUUUCUAGUGAAAAACCUAUGCUCUUUUAAUUCUUUUAAUCACUUGAAUUAACUUAAACAUCUUUCGCAUUCAGGGAACUUUCACUGAAGUCCGCUGCAUAUGCCUUACUUACACAAUGCGAGACCAGUACAUCAGUCCUAAAAUUGAUCUCGCGCCUUGCUGUGAUACCGAAAGCUUCAGCCUUCUUGCCUUCUAUACCCACCAAAUUGCGGUGAGACGGGUGGAUGGCGUUGCGUUGCCUUAUGUGAUGUUGUUGCGUGAUGGCCGCGCUGCAGGCUAUCUGUGGCGCAAGAUUUUCCGCGUCUGAAAGGUGUUUUGGUGCUUUAGAGUAACGGUGCUUGAGUGCAUGUUUGAGGCAUUUUGAAAUAUUGGUGCCGAGCGCAUGUUUGAGAGGGUUCUGAACAACAGCGUUGAGCGCAUGUUCGAGACAUAGUGUAUGUCCCACUAGUGGAGCCUUAUGGUGGAGGAGGCUGUGAGUUUGUCGCAGAGUUUUGGGGCGUCAUGCCAGCACUGACAGGUCGGUGGCAGUGCCAGGCUGACAGGUCGGUGGCAGUGCCUUGUGAUUCUGUUGUGCGAGAUGGUAGAUGCCUUAAGUAUUUAAGUAUGAAAGCGUAUUACGAUGUAGGUUUCUUUUGCUUCAAGUGAGUGGAGAACCAAUGCACAUAUUUUAUUUAAGGAUGUAUGUUUAUUAUGCGUAGCCUUGUUCACAUAGGAAUGUGAAUUGAUCUUGGCUAUUGGGGUGGGAGGAUGACCUGCCAAAAAGAACUUCCAGUAGUAGCUUUAGGCGAUGCUGGACACCAUAGUAGUGCAGUGCAUCCUCUCUAGAAAACAUUACAUUUUCUCACUUUAUGCGUUUAAUUCUGUUUUGAGGAAAAAAACGUUUUCCCACUGAUGGUAAUACAAGCUGGUUGAGAUUAUAUAAUGUUUGGUUUCCCUAAUAGCACCAAUUGUUCAGGCAACAAUGCCGAAAUGUUUCGAACGUUUCGGAAACAAUGUAUGCUAUUACAGAAGUUGGUUCUACUUGAAGGAUUCUGUAGCUUUCUUUGAAAGCACUACUUUCAUAUUAAAUAUGACCCAUAUGAUGCAGUUUUCUAAGUUUUGUAACGAAUCCCUUCAUUUCAUUGUACACAGAUGCCAGGGGUGCCCAUUUUGUGAUAACCGUCCCAGUUGAUGUCAGCAGGAUGAUUUGAUCACCCACAUCGACUAACGCUUCAUGUUAGGUUUUAAAAGGAAAUCUUUUUAUACAAUGGCGCAUUGGGAGACCGAGGUGGUUUUUGAAUAUUACAAAUAAUAGUAAAAUGCUGUCAUGUGUGCUCCUUUUUAUGCUUUACUGUUGUACUUUUGUGAUGUGUAAUAUUUUGUGUAAAUAUGCUGGCAGCUGCUUUACUGCAGAAUGCAAGCUCUUUUGGAGUAAAUUAUUCUGCAAUAUUGUGUUAAGAAGGCUCUUGACUCUUUUUUUGUUAGACAAGGGGAAAUAGAUGAAGAAAUAUUGAAUGCCUUUUACUGUUUCUAUCUCUCUCAGGCUGUGCAAAUGACAUUGUUUCACAUUGCAAAAGUUAGGAACCUUUAUGAAUGAUUGAACGGAUAAUGUUUACUUUCAAAUUGGAGCUUUCGUUCGGUUGACACAUUACAUUAGUCAUGAUGGAUACUAAUAUACAAUAAAUGUAAUAGAACAGAUAGCUGCUGUGUAUAAGAGGUCAAAAAGAUGAUGCUGCAAUGCCUCAAAUUUUUACUUCUGUGUUCUUAUAUUUAUAACUGCUCAUGGGCAUGUUGUUUAUCUGUAUGUACUCUAUGCAGCAGUCAGUUGAAGUAUUUUUCUCAUAGCUUUUAUCUUUGCACCAAGUGGGUUAUGCAGAUAUGUGUGCUAGAAUUAGAGCAACCUAGACUUCAUUUCUGCCUUAGUAUAUAAAUUUGUGCCUGCUUAAAUGUCCUCGAUUUUCAUGGUCUGGGAAAUUCUUAUUAUGGGCUGUGGAAAUGAGUGCUUAUAGAUGUUUGCAUUAUUAUCCUUAGUCGAAUUACUGGUGAGUACUGGUAUUCUUCUCUCCAUAAUGUUCCAACCUAUCAUUAAUAUUCAAAGGUUGGUUUCAAGGAAUAAUGUCAUUCAUCCUUUUGCACUUAACAUUAAGAGCGUAGUUUUCUUUAAUAUUUGUGUUAUAAUUGUGCAAGCUCAAAUAAAAUUUAUGCAAACAUCAUAUACGGCUAUUGGAAGGUGCAAAGUGAAAUAUUUUCUAAGACAACUUGAAUUAGCUUGGGAAGUGUGCAAAUUGAUGGGGAAUCGUGCAUUUUUGUUAGGUCAUGAUUACUUGUUACUCUAGUGCUGGCAGCUUUUAUUGUUAGGUAUAGUGUUUAGAGUCAUGAUGAGAAAAGCAUUACAAAUAAUGUUGUAAUGAAUAAAGUGUUGGAAAUGACAAAGCAUGGUUAAACAAGGCCAGCACAGCACAUCGAUUAUACAAAGCUUUCCUAUUGUUGCUGUUCUACGUCGGGGCAUGAGAUUGAGUAGGGACGCCUUAGUGGCUCUGUAGGAAGUAUGAAGUAUUCAGCAUUGAUCUGGUACGUUGAACACUGGCUUGUGCACUGAUGAGAGACGACAGAUGCGCAACGUUAGCCUUGAUUUUUGUUAUGAAUAUUAUCAGCGGCAUCUUUUUCUUCAUUCACAGGCUGAAGUUGUAAUGACCUGAAGAAUGCACUAUUUUUUACGCUGUCUGUCUGGUCUUUUUCAGGCUCUUUCAACCAACUUGGUAAUUUCUUUUUGCUGAAAUGAUUUUAUAUGUGGGCCAAUGAUCCCUCAUACAGUGGCGUGUCUUGUACGUAACUGAUGGAAUAUGUAAUAAUUUCAUUUCAUUUUUCGAAUAUCUCUCCAAAAAGCAGGGAGUUUUUGAACUAUGCAUGGCACUUCAGCAGUAUGUGCUACUUUUUUCAGCAUAGCGCACGCUAUGAAGAAAGGAACAGCUAUUCUAAAUGAACAACUCCUGGUCAUCCCUUAAAGUAUUUCUGUCGAAGUGCACAAAUAUUUCUAUCAAUAUAUUGAUCAUGUGUUUAUCAACUUAUUUUCAUUACUUUUUCAUCUUCAUUCAGUCCUGCUCUAUUUAUCCUGGUCAAUGUUCAGUUACACAUCAGUUACAGUUACAUAAUUACUUGACACAUUUUUUUUAAAUUUUAUUUGCAGACUGCAUGCAGGUUAUCAGUGCUUUAUCCUGUCCAAGCUCACUGUGAUGCUUUGUAAUACCGAUUCUCAUGCCGCGCUUGAAAUAAAGUCUUGUUGAAGCUAUGGUGAAA